AUGGUUUCUCACGGGAAUGUUUGUUGUGAUCGCACAGCCCGUUGGGAAGCCAUAGAAUGCAUCCUAGGUCGCAGCGGACCCCUUCAACGCAGUGAAUUUGAGCCUUCAUCGGAGGCUCUGAUGGGAUUUUGCCACAUAGAUGUAGUUGAUAUGGAUACAAUAGAUGUUUCUAACUUAAACAGGCAGUUUCUUUUUACGGAGAAAGACGUUGGCCGUUCAAAGGCUGAAGUUGCUGCUGAUUUCAUUAUGCGCCGUAUCGACACUUGCAAAGUUACUCCCCACUUCAAAAAAAUCCAGGAUUUUGGUUCAAACUUUUAUAAACAGUUCGACAUCGUAAUUUGCGGUCUCGAUUCCGUUAUAGCUCGUCGCUGGAUUAACAGUAUGCUUGCAAGUUUACUAGAGUACAAAGAAGAUGGAACACCAGACUUUCAAACCAUGAUACCACUAGUUGAUGGUGGGACAGAGGGUUUCAAGGGACACGUCAUUGUCGUCCUUUUCGGUUUCACUGGAUGCAUUGAAUGUAGUCUUGAUCUAUAUCCACCCCAAGUUAAUUAUCCCCUUUGCACAAUUGCACACACACCAAGAUUACCGGAACAUUGCGUAGAAUUUGUGCGACUGCUUCUGUGGCCCAAAGAGCAACCCUUCGGACCCGGUGUAGAUAUUGAUGGAGAUUCUCCCGACCAUCUUGAGUGGAUUUUCAGUCAUUCUUCUGAAAGAGCAAAGGAAUAUGGCAUACAAGGGGUGGACAUGCGAUUAGUAAAAGGUGUUGUAAAGAGGAUUGUUCCUUCAGUCGCUUCUACAAACGCUGUCAUUGCAUCAGCGCUGGUAACUGAAGCAUUCAAAUUAGUGACCCUUUGCUAUGAUUACUUGAACAGCUGCAUGAACUUUUCAGACGUUGAGGGAAUAUACACAUACACCUUCCAAAUCGAGCGCAAGGAUGGUUGCCUUGUGUGCAAUAAUGCUCCGAAAAAGCUUGAAUUCCCCUCCAAAGCCACUUUGCGGGAACUCGUAGAGCACUUAAAGAACGAUCCAACACUGCAAAUGCACUCCCCUACCAUUACAACAGUACUGAAUGGAUCUAAUCGUACUCUCUUUGUUGAUUUUGACGAUGCGAUGCAAGGUCUUCGGGCCAAUUUAUCAAAGUCUCUUGGUGCCUUUGUUGCUAUGCUUUAUGGAAUUGAAAUGCAUUUUCCUUUUAUUCUGGGCUUGUUCACCGGGUCAUGGUCUGUUACUGCUCCACAGUCAAUACUGGUGAUUUUUAAUUCACUUAACCGACUGGUUCUCCCUACCUUCGGGCGUUGCUUCGCUUCGCAACAUCGAGCGAAUUUCAAACACCAGCUGAAGUACGUUAACCUCACUGAUGAGCCCUUUGCCGUAGCUCUGUCGCCUGAGGCAGCGGAGCAUGCGCCAGCUUCCUUGCCCCCGCCCCUUGAUCCCGCGCCUCGCGGCAGUAUCCCCUGGUUCACCCUCGACCCCACCACUACCCUUCUCAUCGACGCUCGCAGUCCCUGUGAGUACGAUGCCGAUCACAUUGAAGGAGCUAUCAACGUCCCAAUCCUCUCCAAUCAAGAGAGGAUGGAUGUGGGGAAGAUUUUUUUCGCAGGUGAUGCUCUGGAGGCCCGCCUCCUUGGUGCUCGUUUUGCUUGCACUAAUAUUGCCCAGUCUUUGAGGCCGGAGGGUCCUCUUGGACGCCUCUUUGAGAUAUCGAACCGAAAAAGCUUCUCACCUCAACUAAUAUUGGUGUAUUGCUCCCGCGGUGGCCAGCGAUCCAUGGGACUAGGAACCGUCCUCUCGGAACUGAAUUACCCCGGUUGUGAAGUUGCCUGCCUUGCAGGUGGUUACCGGGCCUGGCGACGCCUUCUCCUCCGCCAAUUGGGUAUCUGGCCCACUCUUGUUGGUCCUGGUGGGCUUGCUGGAACCUUAUGGGUUCUCUCCAGUCUCACAGGUUGUGGAAAGACGCUCCUGUUGGAGGAGCUGGAGGCUGCGGGCGAAAGCACUCUAAAUCUAGAGCGGAUGGCGGAGCACAAGGGAUCGAUGUUCGGCGGUGCGGCGAUGCAACCAACCCAGCGAAUCUUCGACGCGCGUCUGCAUAGUGGCUUGAGGCGCUGUCUGACGGCACCCCACGUCUGGACUGAGUGUGAAUCGCGCAGUGUCGGGCCCAGAUGUCAAUUGGGAGAUGGUUUCUGGCAACGUUUGAGAGGAACUCGAUCCACUGCACGCGUUUGGUUAAGCGCGCCUCUCGAGGCGCGUGUCAAUUGGAUUCUACAAGACUACGCAGAUUGGUUGCAUAACUCGGAGGAAAAUCUGAAACGGGUCUUUGAAUCGUUGGCGAACUACCACAGCAAAAACCGCCUCGAAUCCUGGCGCAAGUUAGCACGGAAUGGGGACUACGCUGCCUUCGUUGCAGAACUUUUAGAGCACCACUAUGAUCCGCUUUACAAAAAAUCCCGAGGUCCCAUGCUUCGUCACUUCACCGACAUGGGUCUGCUGCACCGCGUUGAAGUACCCGUUGUUAGUCGUGCCUACUUUCAAAAGCAGACACUCAAGGCCACGCUUUUUCCUUCGAGAAGAAUCUUUGGGCUACUUUUCGUUCUGCCCAUUAAUGAAUUUCCAUUUUUUCGGUGUAACAGAGCCUUUCGAACCUCGUGUGGUCUUCAGAGGCACCCGGGUAUAACCUACCCCCAUAAAUUGAGCUGGCAGUGGUUGAUUGAGAAGUUUGUCAAUCCCAAUCAGUACACCGUUGACCCAAUUCGAAAAAUUCGCACUGGAGGACGCGGUCCCGAUGGUCGCAUUCAAUACAAACACGUCACUACGGGGCUCAACAUGCCAUACUUUCUCGUUGACUACGUGCGUUCACGGCAGAUGGAAGCCAAGGAGGUCCAAGAAGAGGUCAUUCUCAAGAUUGCCAAAAACUGGUGGCGCGACCCAUAUCUUGCACUGACGGCCUCUGGCGAGGUAAAGAGAUGGAUCAUCGCCACGUCGAAUAUGAAAGAGGGAGAUGUCAUCCGUUCUCACUGGGAGAUUCCUAGCAUUCCAGUGGUGCCUGUUCUGGGUGAUGCGUACCCAGUGGGAGCUUUGCCUGUGGGAACGCAAGUCUGUCUCAUCGAGAUGCAUCCGGGUGAGGGGGCGAUGAUUUGUCGAGCAGCGGGCACCAGUGCAACCGUUGUGCGACGUGGCACCGCAGUGCACGAUCUGUCCGGCCUGCGCACUCAGAUGGAUGAUAUGCUUUCUGCCGAGCCCAUCGACGAACGAUUCACUAGCACCUUGCAACUCGACUCCUCACGCCGCGAAGUUCGCCUUCUGCCUACGUGUGUGGUGGUCGUCGGUCAGGUCUCCAACGAGACGCAUAACAAACAACGUUAUCGCAAGUUUGGUGAAAAGUACUGGCAUGGGAUAAAGCAGCGCAGUGGCCUCUAUCAGAAAAAGACUGGUCGAUUUGGAAGGAAGAUUUAUCCGGUAGAUCCGUUACUUGACUGCACCCGCGAGGAAGUCCCCGACGGUGAAAUUCGAGCCAAAUUCACACUACCGGAGCGGCCAGAGUUGGAGCGGAGGCGAGUCAGAGAAAUAUUUGCGGACUCGCUGCUUGUCAGGAGGCCUAAAAUAAGGCCAGUACCGGGACCCAACAAUGCUCUUCCACACACCCUUCCUCUAUUUACGUGGCGUCACUACUAG